AUGGAAGAACUCAAUAAACUUGAGGCUAAUAUAAAAGAAAAUUUGCAAGAUAUUGAUCAAGUUUCCAAAUUAACAGAAGUCUUACAAACAGGUGACUACAAAUUCCAAGCAAAAGUUGGCCUUUGCAUAGGCCGAGUCCUUGAAGAAUAUUGGAAAGCUGAAAUUUUGCAAGAUGAAAGGCUCGUCGGCCUAUCAAAUUUACUUUGAAAACUUUAUGAGGAAGGCAGCAAAGCAAUCUUAUCAUUUCUUUUAAAAUCAGAAGAUGAUGAAGUAAAAGCGAAAUGGGCCUUAAAAUUUCUCUCAUACAUAAAAAUUGAGCUUCUCCACAAAAAAAAUCCCAAUAUCAGAGAACCAGAAUUUUUCCAGGCUUUUUUUUUUUUAUGAGUCAUUUAUGCUUUUUAUUUUUCGGCAAAAAAAACCAUUAAUUUUUACCAAGAGAAAAUAGUGCGGUUAAAGACCUUAAGAAAAAAUCUACAGCCAAAAGGCCUACUACAUUUUUCUAA